AUGAGAACAGCUCCACACGGGAUCGUCAGUCCAAAGGGGAACACAAAGAUUAUCUCCAUCAUGCGGAACCCAAAGGAUAUUGCCAUCUCAUAUUACCACUUCGCAACAAGGCUCAACUUCAACAAGAAUGACUGGGAAACGUUCGCUGGCGACUUUCUCAACGGGCGAUGGCAAUAUGGCGAUUUGUACCACCACGUGCUCGGCUGGUGGCAGAUGCGUGACGACCCCCACUUUCUCUUCCUGAAGUAUGAAGACAUGAAGAAGGACAAUAAAGGAGCUGUGGAGAAAGUCGCUGCUUUCCUUGAGGCAGAUCUAGAAGAAGACCAAGUGGCAAGCAUUACGGAGGCCUGUACCUUUCGCAACAUGAAAGCCGUUUACGAUAAAACAACUGACAUCAGGUGUGUUAUCACGAGGAAGGGCGUCGUUGGAGACUGGAAAUCGAUGUUCACUGAUGAACAAAACGUGGCAUUUGAUGCAAAGUAUAAAGAGAAGUUAGAUGGAACUGGACUUGAUUUUGACUUUGAUUGAA